CGCUUUGCGGUGGUGGUGGACCCGCUCGGGGGCGACGCGGAGAAGGCGGACGCGGGCGCGUCGUCGGGGACCAUCUUCAGUGUCUACUCGGCGCGCGCGGGCGGCGAGGAGGGCGGGACGCGCGCCUCCGUGCUCCGGAGGGGCGAGGAGAUGCUCGCUGCGGGGUACGUUGUGUUCGGCGCCGCCACGCAGCUCGUGCUCUCCGUCGGGAGGGGCGUCGACGGCUUCACCCUCCACCCCUCUCUCGGGUGCUUCACGCUGACGCGGCCGCAGCUUCGGAUGCCGCACACCGGCCGCUUCUACUCGGUCAACCUCGGCCACCGGCGCCAGUGGAGCGAGGCGAUGGCCUUGCACGUCGACCUGGUCUCGCAGAGCAAAUCGCUGCGCUACACCGGCACCUUUGUCGCCGACGUGCACCGCACGCUCCUGUACGGCGGCGUCUUCUUCUACCCGGCGAGCUCGAGGCGGCCAAGGGGCAAGCUGCGGCUCCUGUUCCAGGCGGCGCCCGUCGCCUUCCUCAUGGAGCAGGCUGGCGGCGGCAGCGCGUGCGGUGCGGAGCGAACCCUCGAGAUCGAGCCCGGCACGCUGAACCAGUGCGUCCCCGUCGCGUUCGGCUCGCGCUCCGAUGUCGAC